AGAUCGCAUUAUCGCGGGAAAAUUUAGAUCGAGGAAAAAUAAUAGAGAGAAGAUGGAUUCAUCGUUGAAAUCUCCAGAAGCAAUGUUAAUUACAGCAUUACAAAGUCUGAACAAAAAUUUCGAAUGCUCAAUUUGUUUAAGCCCGUUAACGGAUCCGAUUAUAACAAGAUGCGAACAUCCUUUCUGUAGAGGGUGCAUAAACUCGUAUUUGAAAUCCAGCCGUACACCUUCUGUACCCUGUCCCAUGUGUCAGAGGCCAGUCAAUAAGAGGAGCAUUAGAGAGAGUGCCAUGCUAAGAUGCAUAGAAGAUUCUAUAAAAGCAAUACUGGGUUCAGACAUGAAGAUCAAAGACUCCCCCUCGUCCUCCCCCGAACCAUCCUCUUCAACCGGUCUUACAGCGAGAGAGCCUCUUAUGCUGGUGAAAGUCACACAAAAGGAAGGUCAAGGUCAUGGCAAGAGAAGACUAGAGUCAGACUCAGAAUCUGAUACAGAGGAAUACACUAGAAAGAAGAUAUGCACACUGGGUAUGCAAUGAGAGAGGGAGAGAGACAGAAUGUAUCAAAGGUAACUGAAACACACAGCUGCGGACUUUGCAAGGUUCGACGACAAGCAUCAUCACAGACCCUGGUGCCUGACUGCUUCAAGUUUUGGAGAAAUCUGCAAGCUUGUGUCACAAGGAAAUAUCACAAAACUGUCAACAUCAGCUGUUUUUUAAGAGUGCAAGCAGUGGCAUUAAAACUAUGAGUCAAAGGCACUAAAGUUAUUUGAGUCAAGAUACAGCUGUAAAACAAGACUAGUUAGGUUAUAUACCUUGUACAUGUAUAUUAAAAUCUGAAAGUGCCACACCAGAUGCAUUUGAUAUUGUAUUAAAGAAGCUCAAAUUAACCAUCAGAUCUACCUAAAUUUUUAAGACAUUAUUUGUUUAAUACCCAUAAUAAAAAUGCCUAAAUCUUGACUUUUAAAUCUGGGUAUUUCCUAUAUAUUUUUUUAGAGCUCUCCUUCUCAAAAAUGUUAAAUACAGUCUAAAAAUGACCAUCGAGUCCUCUUAAGAAUGUCCUGUGAAAGCUAAAUGUACAUAAUCAAAAGAAAAUGAGAACUUUUUUCUUAGCAAAGAUAUCAGAUUUUAAAAAUGUUGAUUGUGAUAUAAGUUAUUUAAGGAGACUGGGUAAUAAUUAUUUACUAAUUAGAUUUGCUGUAAAAAUUUUGGUAUGAUUUAUACAGCCAAAACUAUUAUUACUAAAAAAAAAAAAAGUUCCAAAGAAUUUACUGGUACCAAUGUGUAUGCUAUAAUCGCUGUCAGUAAAUUGUUUGGUUCAAGUUGGAAAUCAAUAAAUAGUGUUCAAACACAUCUUUAAAUAUGCCAAUCUUCUUUGUUCA